CUCCAGCGUUAUGUAAUUUCACAAUGUUCCGCGAUUUCUGACACAACAUCCGGUUGUGUAGCAGCCAUUUUGUCUGUUCGUGCAAGUCCACCCCUCACGGUCAAGAACUGCGUUCCCCCUUCGAAAAUAACCAGAAAUAUUGUCUUUACAUUGCUUUAUUUAUACUAUGUGGCACUUUAAAACGGACUAAAAAAAUCGAUUUCAUAUUACAAGUGUGGAGCGUCCGUUUUCGUCGGACUACAUAUCUUAAUUCGUGGUGUGCGCAUGUAUAACUAAGGUUAUGUCGUGCGAGGAAAGCUACUUAGCCAUCAGACGCUAUUUGACUGAUGAGCGGGAGCCGUACGCGCCAGGGACCCAUGGCAAUACCAAAAGAAAGAUUCGUAAAGCUGCUGCAUGUUAUGUUGUGCGCAAUGGGACACUGUACUACCAGCGGAGGCAGAAAGGGCUGGAUGAAUUUACCGAGUUGGAGGUGGUGUUGCAGGAUGGACGGAGGAAGGAACUCAUCGACGAGUGCCACAUUGUCGCCGGAGGAGAGCACCUCAACCAGCAUCAAACUUGGGAAUCAAUUUCUAGAAAGUACUGGUGGAGAGGAAUACUAAAACAGGUUAAGGACUACAUGAGACAAUGUAGCCAAUGUCAGAGCAGACCGGACCGGAGAGGGCUAUCAGACGACGGUACCGGUCCUAGACUAGUGGGACGACCAGGGAGACGUAGGAGGGUCGCCACACCAGCCAGUGAUUAUGAAGAGGAGGAGGAAGAAGAGGAGGAGGAAGAGGAGGAGUAUGAUGAAGAGGGGAACGAGGAAAUGGACUUUGGGGCAUCCACUCAUCACAAGAGCCGUAGCCAAAAAACUGUGGCCAAACAUGAACUUGUCUUUGUGGACAGUAAGGGUAUAGUGAAGCAGUUCCUUCCCAGACAUGGUCAGACGAUGCUGGACAAGCUGAACCAGCAACGCCUCAGUAACCAGUUCUGUGACAUCACGUUGCUGAUUGAGGGAGAGGAGCACCGUGCCCACAAGGCUGUUCUGGCCGCGUGCAGUGACUAUUUCAACGAGCUGUUCAUAGAGAAGGGUGCCGUGUCCAGUCACGAGGCGGUUGUUGACCUCUCGGGUUUCAGCAAGGCCAGUUUCCUUCCUCUGUUGGAGUUUGCCUACACCUCCAACCUCUCUUUCAACUUUUGUGUCAUGGCUGAUGUAGCCACCCUGGCCAGGCAUCUCCUGAUGGCCGAGGUCCUGCAGAUCUGUGAGUCCGUCCACAAGAAGGUGGAGGAGCAGAAGCUGAUGGUGUACCAGAGGGGAGACAUCCACACCGUGGUGUCCAGCCAGCCCGCACCCCAACCGGGCCUGAACCCCGACGACUCCGGGGCCUACAUCAUGACCAUCCAGAGCGAUGGGCAGGCCGUGGUGACCGGGCUAGCCGGGGCGCAGGAGGCCCUGGACUCCUUGACGGUCAUGGCCCACGCGGCGGAGGCCUUCGGGGGAGAGCCCGUGUCUGUGGUGGGAGCCGAGCCGGGGGAGGCUGUGACGGUGGUUGGCGAGGCCGGCUCCGAGACUCUCACCCUGGUCACCCACAGCAGCCAGGCCCGGGUAGGGGAGUCCGUAACCCUCAUCUCCCCGUCGGGGGAGGCGGAGACCAUGACGGUGGUGACCCACACCGGCCAGGCCGGAGCCAGCGAGUCGCUAGCGGUGGUGUCUGCCUGUCUGGCUUUGGAGGAGCAGCAGCAGCAGCCGCAGGAAGGAGGCGUGGGUGAAGGAGACCCGGGAGGCGAGGAGCUGCCGUCCUCCACGGAGCCAGGGGCCUUCCUCAUCACCGUGGACCCAGGGAAGGUGGCCCCUACUGAUGUUGUGCACCUGGCCGUGCUGCCCCCUGCUGUUAAGGAGGACCCUCCGUCGCAGGACCAGGUGCCGGAGUCAGCCCCCCAACCGGAGGCAAGUUCUGCCCCGAAUGCUGAGGCUCGUCCGUCCUUGGUACCCCAACCCCCCAAGAGGAAGAGGGGGCGCCCGGCCAAGGUGAAGCAGGAGGUUGUGGAGGAGCCGGAGCAGCCUGUCGAACAGGAGGUGCCAGAGACGCUCCCAGUGCCUUCAGAGGAGGUCCAGGGGGAGGGGGAGAUGCAGGGGGCCCAUGACCCCUAUAAGAGGCGAUUGCGGCAGCGCUCCAUGGGGGAGGGAGGUUACGUCAGGCUGCACAUGGGGCUAGAGGAGGACAGCGAGGACAAGAGGGAUCCCCAGAUCCAACAGCGCCCCAGCACCCCAAAGUCCUACAACCCUAACACCCCCAGGAAGAGGGGUCGCCCCGCCAAGAGGCCGGUAGAAGAAGCGGAGGUGGCAACGGCGUCGGCUGGGACGGAGGCCGUGGUCCUGCCGGAGACUGGCGCCCGACCGCGGGAGGGCACGGCUGACGGAGUGCCUGUCACAGACAGGGCCGAGGGGGAGGGGCCGAAUGAUGACCAGGAUCCCGCCCAGCUGGGUGGAGGGGGCGCGGCGGAUGGGGAGCACGUGUGCUCACAGUGUGGCCUGUCGUUCCACCGGCGCUACGCCCUCAUCGUGCACAUGCUCAAACACGAGCAGAACCGCGGUUACAAGUGCAGCAUAUGCGACAAGGACUUCCAGUACGCUGCCUCUCUCCGGGCCCACCUGGCCAGACACAAGCGGCAGAAGGUCCAGAGACCCGCCCUGGUCCGGGCCCCUCAGGGCCGUGGCGAAGGGGCCCCCGACGUGGACAGCAGGACGAAGGGACGCACCAAGAGAGAGUUUGUCUGUGACAUCUGUGGGAAGACUCUCCCGAAGCUGUACUCGCUGAGGAUCCACAUGCUAAACCACACCGGCGUGCGACCCCACUCCUGCAGGGUGUGUGGAAAGACGUUUGCUCAUAGACACAGCCUGAAGAUGCAUAGAGCUUUACAUGAUAAUACCAAACAGUUCACCUGUCUGCUCUGUAACAAGUCUUUUGUUAGCAAGAGGAGCCUGGAGGAACACACUAGCAUUCACACAGGUGAAGCAAAGUAUCAAUGUCCUCAAUGCGGGAGUAUGUUCAACCGAGCGUCUGGUCUGAGUAAACACUUAAAGAGACACCAGCCCAGACCAGAGGUACGAGGCUUCCCCUGUGACCACUGUGAGAAGAGUUUCUUUGAAGCCAAAGACCUGCAGCAGCAUAUGAAUAAACACCUGGGUCUCAAGCCCUUCCAGUGCCAGGUGUGCGGGAAGUGUUACAGCUGGAAGAAGGACUGGUACUCCCAUGUCAAGUCUCACAGCGUGGCUGAGCCUUAUAAGUGUAAUGUGUGUGGGAAGGAGUUCUUCGAGAAGGCCCUGUUCCGCCGCCACGUGAAGAAGGCGACCCAUGGGAAGAAAGGCCGAGUCAAGCAGAACUUGGAGAGGGAGUGCGAACACUGCAACAGGAAGUUCACCCAGCUGCGGGAGUACAGGCGUCACAUGAACAACCAUCAGGGAGUCAAACCCUUCGAAUGCCUGACAUGCGGCGUGGCGUGGGCCGACGCCCGCUCCCUGAAGCGCCACGUGCGUACCCACACCGGCGAACGCCCAUACGUGUGCCCCGAGUGCCAGGAGGCGCACAUCGACGCCCGCUCCCUUCGCAAACACAUGGCCAAGUACCACGGCGACCACCUCCCGGGGAAGAUCAUGCUGGAGAAGGACACCCUGCAGUUCCACAACCAGGGCACCCAAGUGGAGCACGCCGUCUCCAUCCUGGCCUCGGACCUGCCCCCCGAGCUCCGGCCCGCCCAGCCGGCGCUGGCCGAGGAGAUCGAGACGGUCCUGAUCACCGAGGAGACGGUGGAGGCGGUGCAGGCGGUGCAGGCUGCGCAGGGGGAAGGGGUCACGACCCUGUCAGACCAGAGCAUCAUGCAGGUGGUGAACUACGUGCUCUCCCAGCAGGGCGGGGCGGUGAAGAUGCCGGAGGAGGAGGAGGAGGAGGAGGUGACUUUAGGGCAGGAUGUCAUUCAGACCAUGGAGGUGGAGGUGGAGCACGUGGCCGAGGAGGAGUGACGGGGCUGCCUGACUGGUUUGUUGGUUGGACGGCUCCCCCUGGUGGACGGGUCGGGCGAGACACACUUGGGAGGCGAUACACAGAAACUGUCCCUACCUGUCUG